CACGUCCCACUUCUCCAGGCACUUACCCAUACUGCCCCUCAUACAACAGAGUUUAUGACGUUCUCUCUAAAACAGCAAUUUCUCCCCUUACGCAGAAUGGUAACUUUUUUUCACCACUUGAAAGAUUCAACGCAUCGAUGAAUGUCGCGGGGAUUCUAUUAUGAAGUGAAUGGUAGGAGUAUCAAAUCUGGACUACAAUUUUACAACAACUGGUUUUGACAGCUGAGCUCUGUUGGAAAUGCCACUGCGCCCUCGCUGAUGUGAGGAUGAGGUCCUACACCAGAGGGGCCCCCACAGCGUUCUUCAUAAGUCUACUGUGGCCCCUGGUGUCCCCGGUGGUGGGGGUGGGAGAGGAGACGGACCCCACUGGAGGGAUACCCUUCAUGGGAGGGAACUACGAUGGACACCCCAUGCUGUUUUUCGGCCAGGGUGAGGUGGAGGAGUUGCAGGCGGCAGCGGCUGGGACUCACUGGGAGAUGGCUGCAAGGAUCCGCGAGGCGGGGGAGGCCAUGCUGGAGCACCCUGAGGAAUACCUGCCCCCCUGGAGCCCGGCCGAGUUCAGCGCCCGCUGGAACGAGGUGUAUGGAAACAACCUGGGAGUGUUGUCUAUGUUCUGUCUGCUCUACCCACACAGGGCCGGUGCCCUCGACCUGGCCAAGGAUUACAUGGAGAGGAUGGCAGCUCAGCCUAGUUGGUUGGUUAAAGAUGCUCCUUGGGAUGAGGUUCCUGUAGCCCACUCUCUGGUUGGCUUCGCUACAGCCUAUGACUUCCUGUAUGAGUACCUGAGCAAGGUGCAGCAGGAGCACUUCCUGCGGGUGAUCGGUAAUGCUACGCGCUUCAUGUAUGAGAAGUCCUACAUCCGCGGCUGGGGCUUCCAGUACCUGCACAACCACCAGCCCACCAACUGUGUGGCUCUCCUCACUGGCAGCCUGGUCUACAUGGCCCAGGGUUAUCUGCAGGAGGCCUACCUGUGGACUAAGCAGGUUCUGGCCAUCAUGGAGAAAUCUAUGGUGCUCCUCCAGGAUGUGACGGACGGCUCGCUGUACGAGGGCGUGGCCUACGGGACCUACACCACCCGCUCUCUAUUCCAGUACAUAUUCCUGGUGCAGAGACACUUCUCCAUCAGCCACUUCGACCACCCCUGGCUCCACAAACACUUUGCAUUCAUGUACAGGACCAUCCUGCCAGGGUUCCAGAGGACUGUAGCCGUAGCAGAUUCCAACUACAAUUGGUUCUACGGGCCUGAGAGCCAGCUGGUGUUCCUGGACCGAUACGUGAUGAGGAACGGCAGCGGGAACUGGCUGGCUGAACUGAUCCAUCAGAACCGGGUGUUGGAGGGGCCAGGACAGGCCGGGAAGGGACAGCGAUGGUGCACACUGCACACAGAGUUCAUCUGGUAUGAUCCAAGCCUUACUCCCAGGGCUCCUGCAGACUUCGGUACAUCCCAACUCCACUACUUUGAGGACUGGGGGGUCGUCACGUAUGGAAGUGCUUUACCUGCAGACACCAACCACACCUUCCUCUCUUUCAAGUCGGGGAAGCUGGGUGGACGGGCCAUAUUUGACAUUGUUCACAGGAACAAGUACAAAGACUGGAUCAAAGGGUGGCGGAACUUUAAUGCUGGCCAUGAGCAUCCUGACCAGAACAGCUUUACGUUCACCCCUAAUGGUGUUCCUUUUAUCACGGAGGCUCUGUACGGGCCCAAGUAUACCUUCCUGAACAAUGCAGUGCUGUUCUCCCCAGCUGUCUCAGGGAGCUGCUUCAAGCCAUGGGAAGGUCAGGUCACCGAGGCCUGUAACUCCAAGUGGCUGAAGUACAAGGUGGGGCUGGCGGCGGACGCCCAGGGCAGGGUGGAGGCGGCUCUGGAGAGGCAGGGGAUGGUGUUCAUCCGUGGGGAGGGCCAGUCGGCCUACAACCCUGAACUGAAGAUCAGGAGCUUCCAGAGGAACCUGCUGCUCCUGCACCCCCAGCUGCUGGUCCUAGUGGAUCAUGUCCAUCUGGAGACAGACAGCACAACCAGGGCCAUGAGUGCCUUCUUCCACAACACGGACCUGUCCUUUCAGGAAGCCAAAAUAGAUGGUGUGCAUGGAGCCUUUGUCAGACACGGUAAAGACCCGUAUAAAAUGUUCUGGAUGGAUGACACGGGCUUCAGUGAGAAAGGGGUCUUGGGGUACUGGAACUAUCCACGUGGUUACCCCUAUAAUGGCUCUAACUAUGUGAAUGUGACAAUGCCACUGAGGUAUCCACACACCAGGGUGGCCUAUAUCUUCUUUGGGCCGGGGGUGGACGUGCAGAGCUUUAGCCUGCGUGCUGAUGCUAAUAGGGUGGACAUUUACGUGGCCACCAAUGAGCACACCUACACCAUCUACCUUCUGACAGGAGAGGUGACCAACAAGCCUCUGUUCGCCAUGGUACUGGUGGACCAGAAGAAGAUUGUGUUUGAGAAAGCAGCAGGAGUGCUGAACGACACGCCAGAGGAGGUGGAGGAGUAUGUCAACGUAGUAGAGGACAACCUCCAGCAUGCCAAGCCUGUUUUUCAGCAGCUGGAGAGACACAUUUUGGGCAGGGUACUCAACACGGCUAGCUUCCGCAAUGCAGCUGAGCGCCUCCUACAGUUCUCAGACAAGAAGAAGACAGAAGAGGCUAUCGAGAAAAUGUUUGCUCUGACUAAGAAACAGGGCAAAGGAAAGGGGGCCAAGAAAGCCUUGGGGAACCUUGGGAACGAGCUCUCAGAGAGCCUGCCUGACAUAUUUGCACAGAUCGAGGUGAGUGAGAAGAAACAGAGAUCGAAGAGCACAAAGCGGAUUAUUGAGGAGAGCUCAGAGGAGGAUGGAGACUCCAGGGCGUUUAUGGAUUAUGGAGACUCAAAUAAAGGCAGGAAGGGUGGCUUUGUGAAGGGUCGCAAGUUCAAGGAGGUCCACAUGUCGGCAACAGCCAAGAGUGACAGUCUGUCAAACGUAGCCUCUUAUAUCAGACUAUUCCUAAUCUUAAACAUAGCCACCUUCUUCCUGCUACUGGCUGUGUUAUUGACACGCUUCCAGAGAGGCAGAAGUCUACACACCCAAAGGUGUUUCUAUGGCAUUCUCCUCAUCGACAGCUUCAUUUUACUCUGCCUCUACUCUUCCUGCUCUCGCACACAGUGUUGACAUCAUUACUGUUCAAUGACGGGGAAUGUCAAUGUACAGACAGACCUAUUGAACUAUUGUAGUUCGCCAUGGGUGAUUAAAAUGCACCAUACACCUCAGUCUGAGCCAAAUCUACCUGAUGGGUGUCCAGGAAAUCAUUAAUUCCAAAUAGGAAUUGAUAAACUUGACGAUAUUAAGCCAGACCACCUCUGAGAUCCUAAGCUUCUGUGGAGCUUGAGAAUGGAGUCUGUAUAAACUUUGUCAUGUACAGUUUUUAGAUUAGACCCCCUGACUCAUAUCAAAGAUCUCCAAGGCUAGCCACUAAAAUGCAGAUGUCUCUGCCUCUCUCUGUGUAUGUUUUGACAUGCAGUCUAAGUCAUAAAUAAUAUAGAAAGGUCGGGUGAUUGUGGAGGCCAGGUCAUCUGAUGCAGCACUCCCAUCACUCUCCUUGGUCAAAUAGCACUUACACAGCCUGGAGGUGUGUUUUGGGUCAAUGUCCUGUUGAAAAACAACUGAUAGUCCCACUAAGCGCAAACCAGAUGGGAUGGCGUAUCGCUGCAGAAUGCUGUAGUAGCCAUGCUGGUUAAGUGUGCCUUGAAUUCUAAAUAAAUCACAGACAGUUUCACCAGCAAUGCACCCCCACACUAUCACACUUCCUCCUCCAUGCUUCACGGUGGGAACCACACAUGCAGAGAUAAUCCAUUCACCUACUGUACUCUGUGUCUCACAAAGACACUGCCGUUGGAACCAAAAAUCUCACAUUUGGACUCGUCAGACCAAAAGACAGAUUUCCACUGGUCUAAUAUACAUUGCGCGUGUUUCUUGGCCAAGCAAGUCUCUUCUUCUUAUUGGUGUCCUUUAGUAGUGUUUUCUUCGCAGCAAUUCGACCAUGACGGCCUGAUUCACGCAGUCUCCUCUGAACAGUUGAUGUUGAGAUGUGUCUGUUACUUGAACUCUGAGAAGCAUUUAUUAGGGCUGCAAUUUGACGUGCAGUUAAUUCUAAUGAACUCUGGGUCUUCCUUUCCUGUGGCGGUCCUCAUGAGAGCCUGUUUCAUCAAAGCGCUUGAUGGUUUUUGUGACUGCACUUGAAGAAACGUUCAAAGUUUUUGAAAUGUUCCGUAUUGACUGACCUUCAUGUCUUAAAGUAAUGAUGGACUGUCGUUUCUCUUUGCUCAAGCUGUUCUUGAUGAUGGGACUUGGUAUUUUACCAAAUAGGGCUAUCUUCUGUAUACCUCCCCUACCUUGUCACAACACAACUGAUUGGCUCAAACUCAUUGAGAAGUUCCAUAAAUGAACUUUUAACAAGGCACACCUGUUAAUUGAAAUGCAUUCCAGGUGACUACCUCAUGAAGCUGGUUGAGAGAAUGCCAAGAGUGUGCAAAGCUGUCAUCAAGGCAAAGGCUGGCUACUUUGAAGAAUAUAAAAUAUAUUUUGAUUUGUUUAACACUUUUUUGGUUACUACAUGAUUCCAUAUGCGUUAUUUCAUAGUUUUGAUGUCUUCACUAUUAUUCUACAAUGUAGAAAAUAGUCAAAAUAAAGAAAACCCCUGGAAUGAGUAGGUGUGUCCAAACUGUUGACUGGUACUGUAUGUUCAAACAAGAUAUAUUUUUGUGUUAUUUUCUACUCUUUGCAAUGAAAAAGGAACAAUAUGCACAGAUUUGCAAUGCUAUUGUCAUUGUGUGUUUGCUUUUGCCUGAUGAAUGUGGGGACUUUGCAGAUAUAAAACAGUAGAAAUAUGUUACUUCAGGUGACAGGCAGUGGUCCUCUCUGUGUCUAUAACUGCAGCAUGAUACUAUUGCAUUCCACCAAAUUGGCUUAACUGCAAAACAGAAAACAUUGUCAUCCCCAUUUAAGUCUUGUGAUAUUGUUCUAUAGCUGUCAGGGUCCAUGUAAUUCCAUUUAGAUUAAUAGACUUUUGAAUAUUAAUUUUACUUCUGUAAUAGAUUUACUUUCAUGCUCUCAAAUGCUUGUCAACAAUAUGUUGGUGAAGGCCAUUCCAUUAUGCUAGCGUUGAUUUUCCAUCACAAAACCCACCUAAUAUAAUUACACACUUGAACCUCCUGAUUUUAUAAUGUGGCAUUAUUUUGAAACAUUUGUCAUUACUGCCCAUGUUUAUUGUUACUGUCUAUUCUAAUGGGUCUACAGGCGGCAUAACAGGGAUGAGGGUUUUUGUGUUAUUUUGAUGGGAUAUGUACCUUGGUAAGGAGGAAACCGCUACUCUGCUAAUUAUGGGAUUGUUAGGGAAGGGAGAACUAAAUGCUAGGAGAGGGGUAGAUUUUCGGUGGGUUUUGGUAGACGAGAUUUUCGGGAAAUAUGUAAAUAGUCCUGCACCUGUACAUACUGUAUGUAUACAGACAUACAGGUAACUACAAAAAUAAUGGAAACACUUGAGUAAAUGAGGCAUACAAAUUGUAUUGAAAGCAGGUGCUUCCACACAGGUGUGGUUCCUGAGUUAAUUAAGCAAUUAACAUCCCAUAAUGCUCAGGGUCAUGUAUAAAAAUGCUUUGCGGGACUAUAUUUUGGUUACCAUGGCUAUACCCCUGUAGGAUAACAGUGCUCCCAUCCACAGGGCAUGGGUGAUCACUGAAUGGUUUGAUGAGCAUGAAACAUCUUAGUCACCACAUCUCAACCCAAUUGAAGACAUAGAAAGAGGAGGAAGGGAAGCGUUACUAAGGUACACAAUAGUACAUUUUGGUAGAUAGAAGGUGCUCAUUGGUAAAAGGGGUAAAUUGGUCAUCAAAAAGAAAGGAGGACCAAGCAACUCUUCAUAUAAUUGAUUAAAAUGCCUUUAUUAGUAUGGCAUGUUCAAUAGAAACAAAGUUUUUAAAAACCGACGCGUUUCGGCUGCAUGGUCUUUGUCAGGGAGUACAAAAAAAAAGGAAUAGAAUGUCUCUUUUGAACACCUUUUCAAUUAGCCAAUUGAACACUUAUGGGAGAUUGUGGAGUGAUGUCUGAGACAGCGUUUUCCACCAACAUCAUCAACAAAACACCAAAUGAUUUAAUUCCUUGUGGAAGAAUGGCAUCACAUCCCUCCAAUAGAGUUCCAGACACUUGUAGAAUCUAUGCCAAUGUGCAUUGAAGCUGUUCUGUCUUGUGUUGGCCCAACGCCCUAUAAGACACUUUAUGUUGGUGUUUCCUUUAUUUUGGCAGUUACCUGUAUCUGUCCUCAAUUUAGUGUGUGUAUGAUCACGUUUUCCUCAGAUCAGGAGGUUGGUUGUAGGAAGAGGAUGCAGCUAUCAAUAUUUACUCACUAUUACCCAGUCCCACAGAUAACAAGGAGAGACAUGCAAACAAGUCUUUAGUUCCUUUGACGUGUUUUGCACAUGUGAGGGUGGGCUCUGUCCAACUAUCUUUGUAUGAGUCUUUCUCUCUCUCUGUGUAAGAUAGACACAUUCCCAGACGUGUCCUGAACAUGUGCAAGUCAAUAUUAUGGCCUAGAGCAGGGAUCAUCAACUAGAUUCAGCCGCGGGCCGAUUGUUUCUUGAGUGGAUGGUCGUGGGGCCAGAACACACUUACAAAUCAUUUGUAGACUGUAAAUUGACCGCAAGAAGCCCAAAUGUACAUAAUAUUUUACAAAAAAAGUAUAAUUUCAAACCUUGCUUACAUUUGUAUAUGAUCACGUAUAUGAUCUCUCUAUUAUGCGUGGAAAUACUUGGGGACAGAUUUCCCAAAUUAAAAUCACUUAUAGCUGAUUUCCUGGUAUUUUUACAAUUUUUUAUGUCCAACAAUGAAAAUGUUGCUUAGAAGACUUGGGGGGCCAAAUAAAACCACCUGUGGGCCGCCAGUAGUGGAACCCUGGUCUAGAAUCUAGACACAUGACUCCUCAGCCUGCAAGUGGGAGGAGCUACAACCCAUGACAGUGUUGCCACUAGUUGGAUUCAGUUUGAUUAGGUGAGUGUGGUGCUCAAUACACUAUACCACUAUUGCCUAAUCGUGCUGUAUCUUGCCAAUGAAUUUAACUAAACUAUGAGUAAUGGAAGCCCUAGCCUUUUGUGACAGCGCCGAGAUUUGUCUCUGGAUACCGAGAUUAUGAAAGCAUUUAUGACAAUCAAGUAGCAGCUUUUGGUCAGGGAUUGCACGCAACAAACAACAAUCAGAAUUCAUUGUUUUGCCAUCUCAUUAAAUAACACAUGUUCACCUUUUUUUUCAAUAAAGAGUUUUACGCAAGA